UAGAACAAGAUGUGGUUCUGCAAUCUAUUGACAGAGCUAUUGAAGCCAUUCAUAAUGAGGCAAUGAAGAAUGGAGGAAAAUACAACUUGGAACAGAGGGAUGUCCUCCAAAAGUUGAUCCAUCAUCGGAAGGAAACAGUUUCCCGCAAAGGACACUCACCAUCCACUCAAGGAAUGACCCCAUCCACAAGUGAUCACCAUCUGGACCUAGCCAGGCAACCCAAUGGUGUCUGCAGGACUGGAUAUGAACGACACCACAGUUUGCCUAACAAAGACACCCAAGAGGGUGAAGGUGGCCUUUACCAGACUCCUGCACAGUCGUGCCGUGCCACUCCUCUUAUUCCCCCACCACCAGAGAAACGCAAGAAUGUUCAGACAACUGCCCCCGUUAAAAAUGCAACUGGAAUCACCUCUGGGUCAGUUUCUAGCACCUCUACUGAAAGCACAACUUCACUGGAUACCUUGUACACGGGUUCAACAGAGUCAGGUCUCCCUACUGCUACAUCCAGCCCCAACAAUACUCCUCCCCCUGUUCCUAGCAGAAGUGCCCUCACCAUGGCAUCAUCCAGCUUAGAUAUUAGUCCUGUAGUGCAAAGGAAACAUGGGAGUGCAAGCAAAUCCCCCCAGACCAAAAGGGCUGCUCCACAACCUCCUGCCGAAAUGGAGGUGUCAGAUGCAGGUGGCAAGAAGUCCUUACAAGCAACGGAGGCCGCACCAGCCACAUCUACAGGGAUAGAAAACUUUGAUUCUCUUUGCCUGGAAGAUGAGAAGGCGGCCAAUGUAGAGGAGGUGGAGCAGGAGUCAUCUGGCCCAGUGACCACCGUGCCAAAGACGAUAGGGGCUGAAUUGAUUGAGCUGAUCCGCAGGAACACAAAUCUCAGCUAUGAGCUCUCCAGGGUUGCUAUAGGCGUAGUAAUUGGCCACAUUCAGACUUCUGUUCCAGCCCUUAAUAGCAUCAUGGAGCAGAUUCUCAUCUCUCUGGUGGAAAGCAAGGAUCUAUGUUCAGGUUUGCCAUCUGGGCAGAUUUGCCACGAUGAAGAGAGACUAAAGGUGAUAUUUACAGAUCUGGCCCGGCACAAGGAUGAUGCCCAGCAACGCAGUUGGGCCCUCUAUGAAGAUGAAAGUGUCAUUUGCUGUUAUUUGGAGGAACUGCUUCAGAUUCUGACAGAUGCAGAUCCAGAAGUCUGCAAGAAGAUGUGCAGGAAGAAUGAGUUUGAAUCAGUGUUAUCCCUUGUGGCAUAUUACCAGAUGGAGCACAGAGUUCCAUUACGCCUGCUGCUUCUGAAAUGUUUUGGAGCAAUGUGCAAUUUGGAUGCUGCUAUUAUUUCUGCUCUGGUUAAUUCUGUUCUGCCAAUGGAGCUAGCCCGAGAUAUGCAGACUCAUACCCAAGACCAUCAGAAGAUGUGCUACUCUGCAUUGGUGCUGGCGAUGAUAUUUUGUAUGGGAGAACCUCUACCAUACCAUCACUAUGAGCAUCUCAAUUCCCAAUUUAUUCAGUUCCUAUUAAAUGUGAUUGAGGAUGGAUUGCCAUCAGAUAACACAGACCAGCUGCCUGAUCUGUUCAUUAAUGUUCUUCUGGCUUUUAAUCUUCACAUUCCAGUUCCAGAGCAUAAUGUGAUCAUGGUUACUGUGAAGAAGCACUCUAACAUCAAAACAUUCACAGAGAAACUGCUACUGCUUCUGAAUCGUGGAGAUGAUCCCGUGUGCAUCUUUAAACAUCAGCCCCAGCCACCACAUUCUGUGUUAAAAUUUCUUCAAGACAUCUUCGCUUGCAGGGAUACUGCAAGCAUCUUCUACCACACAGACAUGAUGGUAAUGAUUGACAUAAUUGUGCGACAGAUUUCGGAUCUCUCCCCUGGAGAAAAGCUGCGAAUGGAGUACUUGUCUCUGAUGCAUGCUCUCCUGCGGUCUACGCCAUACCUACAGCAUAAGCACCGUUUAACUGACCUGCGGGGGACCUUCCAGCGCAUCAUGGUGGAAGAGGAGGAGAGUCAGCAGUGCCAGAUGGACAAAAGGAUAAUCCAAGAGAUCUAUAAAGCGUUUCCGGAGAUAUCUCCUGGAGCCAGCUAACUGAUUCAAGGAGAGAACAGUGUGGAAUAAAAAUACCUCUUGUGGCUAUAUCUUUCCCAUCCUUUCCACUAUUGCUCCUGCCUUAUUAGCCCUUCAGGUGAGUCCUAGAGUUUCAAGGGAAUGUUAAAAGACCUGAGGAAAGAAGUUUCCACACAGAUGCCCACCAGCGUGAAGUGCACUAAAGACGGCCUUUCUGUGUCUGCAUCUGGGGUUGGGGGAGAACUUAGAGAUUAGAAGGAGAUUUGGCACUUGAGUGCCAUUGGCAUGAUUUGACUGAAAGUAGGAGAAUAUUAUUAUCUCCCUGGUGAUCUUUGCCCUAAGAGAGGACAAGUGUGAUCUAAAUAACUAUGCUGUUCUUAGAAUUGUAAAGCAGGAAGUCUCUGUCAUAAACACCUGUUCCUCCAUGCAUUUCUUGUCCUGCAGCUAGCUAAAAAGUGGAGUAGGCUAAUGUUCUGGACAACAUGCUUCAGUAACUUUGUGUCCGCUACAUCUAGUGCAAAGUUGCUACAGCUCUAGUGAGGAGGGAGCUACUCGCUUCUCUUAAUGUGCCCAGUGAAUUUUCUGAUCCAUAUAUAUGUAUAUGGGUCAAACUCCCUUCAAGACCCUAAUCCAAGCAAGCACUACUUGUCUUAAAUGCUUCAUGCAGUAGUGUUUACAUUUGAAUUUCUUGCACAUUGAACAAGGACAAGAAUACUGAUUGUCCAGGCACUGCAGCAAGAGAUCCUUCAAAAGGCCCGCCACUUAGGCUCACUGUUAAGGCGUGUCCUCUUUGAAAACUAUUGCUUUUCUCCUGGUAUGUGCUGGUCUUUUGCCUCUGGCGCUGCACGUAUAAGGACUGUGUAUCUGUAGGUGGCAGCGCACAGUGCUCUCUCUGCCUGCGGGUGUUCUUUGCCUUGAGCUUAGUGGCAAUUGGUUCUGCCUAGCUUUACCUUUUCAUACCUACCUGAGCCUGAUGUCUGCUAGUGCUGCUCCUUAAUAUGCACAAGUUGGGAGAACUCCUCUUCACCUAAUUUCUCCAGAUCUGCUGCAAAAUGGAUUUACCCCCUUUCCCAUUGAGCGCCUUUGACAGGCACAUGCUCCGCUCCAGGCCGGGGCUGUAAUAUCUUAAUAAACAUGCAUGCUGCCACAGCUCUUCACCGUGGGUAAACAAGAGCUUUGCAGCCUUUGCUGUAGCAGUAGCUUAAAUUUAAACUGGAAAUAUUUGGAUAACCUCUAAAUCUGAUAGAUGCAGAAAUACAUUUGAAACCAUUCCUUAGGACAGGGCAUCUGUUGACAACGGUGCCCAUCUAGGGAGCCUCUGCCAUUGUCUGUCUUUCAAGUAGAUAAUCAAGACGUGAAGUAGAAGUUGCCAUCCAAGAUGAAUGAACAGCGUAUUUUUAAAUAUAUAUAUAUAUUUAAAAUAAAAUCCUUGUGAAUGUUGAAGGGGAUUUGUAUUUUCAUAGAAUCAAAUAAACGUAGU